AUGACCUACCUUGACAUUCUAGCUGGCUUCAUCUCUAUUUCUCUCGCUGUCCUUUGGUACUUGCGCCGGGCCCAGUCUUGGCAACUCUCCUUGCCCCCUGGUCCCAAGAAGAGAUUCCUUAUUGGGAAUCUCAAUGACAUGCCCACCUCAUUCGAGUGGGAGACAUAUCUUAAAUGGGGGAAGGAAUACGAUUCCGAUAUCAUACAUCUGGACGUGGUUGGGACUUCCAUCGUUGUCCUCAAUUCGUGGGAGGCUAUUUCCGACCUUCUCGAUAAGCGAUCGUCAAUCUAUUCGAGCAGGACCCGUCUCCCGAUGGUUAGAGAAUUGAUGGGAUGGGACUUUCUAGUAGGCUUGAUGCCCUACGGUAUGCGCGUCCAUCGCCGCUUAUUCCAACAGACUUUGAAUGCCAACGCGACCUUGCACUUCCGUCCCCAGGUCCUCGACGCUGCUCGCGAAGUUCUGCAACGGUUGUUGGACAAACCUGAAGAAUUCAUGACCCACCUUCGUUAUAUGGCCGCUCGUGUCAUUAUGUCUAUUACGUAUGGCAUCGAUACCCUUCCAGAGGGAGACCCUUUCGUUGCCGCUGCCGAAGACGCACUGCACACCGUUUCUAUCGCUGCAGUACCGGGAACAUUUCUAGUGGACUUUCUACCCUUUUUGAAAUACGUACCAGAGUGGUUCCCAGGAGCAGGAUUCCAGCGGAAAGCUAGCAAAUGGAAAGUCUUGGCGCGAAGGAUGGUCGACAUACCAUAUGCAGAGGUCAUCCGCCGCUUCGCUGAUGGUUCAUAUAAGCCGUCCUUUACCUCAUCGAAUUUGGGCAGGAUAGGUCCCGGCCAAGAUGUGGCGUCUCAACAGCGAGCUGUUAAGAACGCAGCUGGAACUAUGUACGCCGCUGAUACCGUUUCUGCAAUCGCGACGUUCGUUCUUGGAAUGUUGUUUAACCCGGAAGCACAAAGAAAAGGAGUUCUUAAUCAGGGAAGACUUCCUACAUUCAAGGACGAGGAAUCUUUGCCUUAUGUCACAGCAAUCGUUAAAGAAGUGUUGCGAUGGAAAAAUGUCACUCCUAUUGCAAUACCCCAUCUUCUUGAAGUAGAUGACGUCUACAGAAGCUAUCGGCUUCCUGCUGGAUCUGUGGUUGUUCCUAACACCUGGUACGUGGCGUAUCCGGAUCCCUUUUCCUUCAAACCCGAGCGAUUCAUGAAAGAUGGGCGACUGGAUCUUACGGUAAAAGAUCCCGCGAUAGCAGCAUUUGGUUUUGGUCGAAGAAUAUGUCCAGGAAGGCAUUUGGCCUACUCAUCUAUAUGGAUUACUGUCGCUUCGAUACUUACCGCUUUCAAUAUCACGAAAGGAGUUGAUGAGGAUGGGAUGGUCAUAGAACCCAGUGACAAGGUUUGUACAGGAUUGGUUUGCAUGCCAGAACCUUUUAGAUGUUCGAUCAAGCCCCGAUCGAAGGAGGCUGAAGUCCUCAUUUGCGGCUCCUAA